AUACGGCGUUUUUCUGGAUUCCCAUCGUAACUGAAAGGGAAGCUCUCACAAUGUCCGGAGCCCUUGAUAUCCUGCAAGUGAAGGAGGAGGAUGUUUUCAAAUUCCUUGCAGCAGGAACCCACUUAGGUGGCACCAACCUUGACUUCCAAAUGGAACAGCACGUCUACAGAAGGAGAAAUGAUGGCAUCUACAUCAUAAGUCUGAAGAGAACCUGGGAGAAGCUUCUGUUGCCAGCUCGUGCCAUUGAAAACCCAGCUGAUGUCAGUGUCGUAUCCUCCAGGAAUACUGGCCAGCGAGCUGGGCUGAAGUUUGCUGCUGUCACUGGAGCCACUUCUGUCUCUGGCCGCUUCACUCCUGGGACCUUCGCUCACCAAAUCCAGGUAGCCUUCGGGGAGCCAAGACUUCCGGCGGUUACCGACCCCAGGGCUGACCGCCCGCCUCUCCCAGAGGCCUCGUACGCUAGCCUGCCUACCGUUGCUCUGGGGACGGGCUCUCCUCUGCGAUACGCGGACCUUGCCGUCCCACGCGACAGCGAGGGCGCUCGCUCCGGCGGCCCGAUGUGGCGGACGCUCGGCCGGGAAGUUCUGCGCAAGCGCGGCACCGCCUCCCGCGAGCACCCCUGGGGGGUCACGCCUGCCCUCUGCUUGUACAGGGACCGUGGAGAGACCGAAAAGGGCGGGAAGGCGGCAGCUGAGGAGGCUGUGGCCAAGGAGGAGUUCGGGGGUGAACGGACCGCUCCGAACGCGUGCGGGCGCUCCCCGCCCAAGCCGGGAGUGCCCAGCCCGCCGCUGCGCGGGCCGCCGAGUGGCCAGGAGCCACCGCCGAGAGGUCUUAAACUGGAAAUAGGUGGACGGAAAAUAAACAGUUUCUAA